AUGUCAGCGAAACAGGUUCGCACUCAGAAGCUGCAGCCACCGGAUGAAAACAAGAACGCCAGCGGUGAAACUGUCUGGUUCGUUGAAUCGCCUCGGUCACUCUCAACUAUCGCUAAAUUCGCUACUUACCAGGCAACCUCCUUCACAGAAGCCCUGCGCGAUGAGAAGCUCGCCAACGCAGGCUCUGGCGGUGGCACUGGUAGCGGUCUGUCUACUCCCGUGGCAACCACCAAUCGACCGCCCGGUGCUGGGGAGGCAGGUAUAACCGGUACGUAUUACCACUCCGCCCCCUACUUUAUUUAUACUUAUUUUGGUAGCAGUUCUGUUUCGGACUUACUACAGCACACGAAAACUCCAUCCGUUUGUAAUACGGGACCGGUGGUGGGGCAUUUCAGGAGAAAUAAAGCAUACAAAAGUAGAAAAUAA